AUGGUGCUUGAUAUUGAUUUAUUCCGCGAGGAAAAAGGAGGAAAUCCGAAAUUAAUUUAUGAAUCGGAAAAAAAACGUUUUCGAGACGUGAAACAUGUUGAUAAUGUUAUUAAAUUCGAUGUUCAGUGGCGACAAAAAAGAUUUGAAGCCGAUAAUUUAAAUCGAGUGAAAAAUGUUUGCAGUAAAGUGAUUGGCGAGAAAAUCAAAGUUAGACAUUUCAUUUUUUUUAAUGAAUUAACAAUCAUGCAGUUAAAAUUUCUUAGUGGUAUAAUUAAUGAAAAGAUAACUGAGGUGAAAAAAGAAAUGGAUAAACUUGAAGUGAUACGUCAUGAUUCGUUAAUUCAAAUUGGUAAUAUUGUUCAUGAAAGUGUUCCAGUUAGUGACGACGAGGAAAAUAAUCGAGUUGAAAGGAUAUUUGGUGAUGUGAAAUCAAAGAAGAAAUAUUCACAUAUUGAUUUGACGAUAAUGAUUGAUGGAUUCGAUGGAGAGCGUGGGACAGCUGUCGCAGGUAGCCGUGGAUAUUUUCUUAAGGGUCCAUUGGUGUUUCUCGAACAAGCUGUUAUCAAUCUCGCUUUACAAACGUUGCAUGCAAAAGGUUUUAUGCCUCUUUAUACUCCAUUUUUCAUGCGAAAGGAAGUAAUGCAAGAAGUAGCUCAAUUAAGUCAAUUUGAUGAAGAAUUAUAUAAGAUUACGGAAAAAAGUUCAAAUGAUACCGGCGAAGAAUUUUUUGAUGAAAAAUAUUUGAUUGCAACAUCCGAGCAACCAAUUGCUGCGUUCCAUCGUAAUGAAUGGAUAAACCAAGCCGAUCUUCCUCUGAAAUAUGCAGGAAUUUCUACUUGCUUCCGUCAAGAAGUGGGAAGUCAUGGGCGAGACACUCGUGGAAUUUUUCGAGUUCAUCAGUUUGAAAAAGUUGAGCAAUUCGUCAUUUGUUCUCCACAUGAUGAUAUAAGUUGGAAAAUGUUCGAUGAGAUGAUUGCCAAUGCCGAAGAAUUUUGCCAACUGCUUGGUAUUCCUUAUCGUGUUGUAUGCAUUGUUUCUGGUGAACUUAAUAAUGCUGCAUCAAAAAAGCUUGAUGUUGAAGCUUGGUUUCCCGGCAGUGCAGCAUUCAGAGAAUUAGUUUCUUGUUCAAAUUGCACCGAUUAUCAAGCGCGUCGUUUGAAAGUUCGUUAUGGACAAACGAAGAAAAUGGAUGGCGAAGUGUUGUACGUUCAUAUGUUGAAUGCGACAAUGUGUGCUACUACUCGUGUUCUUUGCGCAUUGUUGGAAAUUUAUCAGGAAGAAGGGGGUAUACGAAUUCCAGACGUCCUUAAACCCUUUAUGCCACCGAAAUACAAGGAUUUCAUACCGUUUGUUAAAGCUGCCGUUUGUUAA